GGGCUGCGAGGCUGCCGCGGUGUGCCGUGGGGUGGGCGUGAAUGUCAAUCUUUGUGUGUUGAUGUGAGGUGGUAUGUGCCAGAGGUGUAAUGGGAGAAGACGGAGCUGCGUGUGAGCUUGAAAACACAUCGCAUAAAUCCAGUGCAUUCCUGACGGCUGGUCAUUUGACGAUAUAAAUUUGGACUAAUUACCUAUGCUCUUUUGUCUUGCGAAUUAUUAUUGAACGCGAAACGGCUCAAAAGUUAAUUGAAUGUAAAACUAAAUCAUAUCACCAUGCCAUCAAAUAUGAAGAAGCGUUUCACUGGGUUUUUGAGACAGAUAUCCAGCAAUAGUCAAUGCACUGCUGCUGAAAAAUCUGUUGCUGACCUACAUAGUGGCACUAAUGGGUGCUUUAUUACAAAGUAUCUUAAUGGGGAGCUGGUACGUUCGGAGGUGGCGAUCGAGCACGGCCGCGAGGCGGCGCAGCUGCCCGACCUGCCGCUGGCGCCGCUGCAGCCGACCGUGUUCGCCGCCUACACGGGCCCGGCCGGCGGCCUGACGGCCGUCGCGCACCGGCCGCAGCCGGUCACCUCCCACGAGCCCGGCAUCAACUACAUCGACUCGGACGAGUCAUCGGCCGACGAGGCGCCGGCCGACGACGAGUGUCUGCUGCGCACCCAGCAGGACGAGGUAGCCGGCACCGUCAACUGGAACCGGCCGCACGGCCGCGCCUUCGGCAGCUCGGUGACGCUGUACGAGUGUCACCCGGUGACCGGCGUACACGCAGGUAGCCCGAUCGCGGACGCGUUCGGCGUGGUGAGUCGGAGCAACAGCGCGCUGCUGGCGCUGGCCGACGGCGUCAACUGGGGCGAGAAGGCGCGGCUGGCGGCCCGCUGCGCCGUACACGGCUGUCUCGACUACCUGAACCGGGCGCUGUUCGGCGCCGCCGCCAGCGCCCGCACUACCCGGGACGUGUUCGCGGCGCUGCUGCAGUCGUUCCACGCGGCGCACGGUCUGAUCCUGCAGCAGGGCGGCAUGCUGACCACGCUGACGGCGGCCGUGGUGGCGCCCUGCCUCCUGCCGGCCGGCCGCACCCGGCACAAGUACGUCGUCUGCGUCUGCAACGUCGGCGACAGCCUGGCCUACGUGUUCAGCGAGCGACACGGCGUGCGCGAGAUCACCAAAGGUUCGCACGACAUCAACAGCAUGCGUGACAUGCGAGAUGCCCUGGGAGCGCUGGGACCAGUGGCCGGCCAGAACCCGGAGCUGAACAACCUGACGCUGUCCAUGACCCAGGUGGAGCCGGGCGACAUCGUCUUCCUCACUAGCGACGGCGUCAGCGACAACUUCGACCCGGUGGUCGGCAAGUUCGUGUUGCCCAAGAAGGCAGAGGAGGAGGCGGGGGUGUCGGCGUCGGCGCCGGCCGGGCGUCCAGCCCCGCGGGCCGGCCGGCCGGCCAGCGCUGCCGCCCGGCCGGCCGGCAACAGCACUCCACAGACAGAUGGCGGCAGGGCGCCACGCACCGAGCCGGGCAAGAGCGCGCCACGCGGCCAGGGCGGCGGCGCGCCCCGGCAACAGCUGACCAAGACGGUGCUCAGGCCGGUGCCGAGGGGGCGUAACGCCAAACAGGUGGCUGCCGGCGGCCCAGCGCCGCCGUCGCCGGCCGCCGUGCCCGUGCUGCCCAUCGUCACCGCCUACCAGCGUCACGAGCUGACGCAGCUGCGCAUGGAAGACCUGCUGCGCAACGGCGCGCUGGAGGGCGAGGGUCGCGUCACCGACGCGCGCCACCUCUGCUGCCAGCUGCUCGAUUUUGCGUUCCGGCUGACCACGGCCAAGCGGCGCGUGCUGGAGGACCAGGAGCUAUACACGGCCGGCGACGGUCUGGAGCUGAGCCGCGCCGAGCAGCGCGCCCGCCGCCGCCGCGUCUGCGAGAAGCUCGCCGUCGUGCCCGGCAAGCUCGACCACGCCACUGUGGUCGCCUUCCAGGUGGGCGAGGAGGCGGCGCCGCGGGCGCGCGCCGAAACCGCGCUCUAGCGGCAGGCUCGGCAGGCUGAGGUUGACGGCGCGGCCGAUAGAGGCAGUUGGAGGCAGGUUAUGACCGCGUUCGCGGGCGUCGCGCGGGCGGCUGGCGAGCCGUGAAGAUGAAGGCGGCCGACAGUCUGCCCGGUGCUGCACUAGGCGGCUUCGGACGUGAGCGAUGAAAGCUAUGUAGAUGCUAUGGAAACACGAAUUUUGGUGAGCUAGUCAUUUUGUGAGUCUCGUCCGUGUGCCGACACUUGUUUGUCUUCUGCGAAGGACUUUUGGUUAAGUUUAUUUUUCGUACAAAUCUUGGGAGUCCGCACACAGGUCAUGGAACAGGGGUUUCUCUUUCUACCAAGCGCACACCCGACUAAACGGGUGUUUUACGUGUGGACCAACGUGUUGACUUUGUUUAGAUGCUGUCGACCAUUGUCGUCUGCAGGUUGUAUUUCCGUGUGUCGGCGAUGGUAGAGCUUCUGAGCCGCGUCUUGCCUGCGAGCUUCCCACCGUGUGGUGCUGUGAGGUGGGGACGAGCCGUCUGUGACUGAUGGACUUUGGGGCGGCCGGUCAGAGCCGACUGCGUGCAGCCUGGCGGCGCGCGCUGACCGGUGCGAUUCGCGAAACAUCGACUACGGAGCCGCGCAAGGGUGUCUGCGGCUGGGAAGAGUGCCUCUGCAUGCUGGCGUGGUCGAUAUGUGAGUGGCAGAAGGCUGCGCACGUGUGCGGUGGAGAGCCGUGUUUGGGGGCGUAGGAGUGGGAGGGUCGCUUUUCUAUAGCGCGUUUGCAGCACUGCCCACCCCGCCGCGGUAAGAAAAAAUGGUGUGGACACGCUCAGUAGGAAGGUGGCUGCUUUUCGGACCUAUAUCUCAUUGUCUUGCAGUCGUAUGGUGUGCACAGAAGGGACAAUCUGCUAUAUUUAAUCAUGAUUUGCUCCUUUAAUCCAUUAAUGACGCCAUGUUGCGUUUGAGACGCCUUAUACUGUGUCUCUUACAUUCGUUAUAUGACCAUUCUUAUAAUGUCAUCGUCAUUGACGUGUGUAACCUCCGUUUUUCACUCGGUGUUUCAUUUGCUUUUUACUCUGCGGUCGUUUUGUGUGCCGUUGCCGACCAUGAGGUUGUUUGUUUUAAUAUGAAUUUAUGACACAUA